AUGUCAGACGACAGCACUGUCAAAGAGGUGUUAACUGCCCGUGGCCCUGUUGUAUCCGAAAUUGAUGCAACGAUUACCACGGGAAAUGACGAGACGUCGAUGUGUGGCAGUAUUAUUCGACGCCUAUGCGAUAUUAAUUCCCAUGAGGCUCGCCGGGCUCUGACACCAAUCACCAAUACUAACGGUAAUCAUUAUUCUAGCACUUCCUGCAGUGGUGGAACCAACGUGAAAUCGAGCUUGGGUCACACGAGGCUGCCAAGUUGGCGGAUUGGGAAGGGGUGUACCGGUAUUCUUAAAAAGGCCAAGCUGGCUCGACAUGACUACCAGUUUACUUUCUUUACGCUAUUCAACCUCCAGCGGAAGCCUUUCCUUCUGCAUGACGACCACAAGGACAGAGAGUCUGACAUCCAGCGGAAGGCUUUCCUUCUGCAUGACGACCGCAAGGACAGAGAGUCUGACAUCCAGCGGAAGGCUUUCCUUCUGCAUGACGACCGCAAGGACAGAGAGUCUGACAUUCAGCGGAAGGCUUUCCUUCUGCAUGACGACCGCAAGGACAGAGAGUCUGACAUUCAGCGGAAGGCUUUCCUUCUGCAUGACGACCGCAAGGACAGAGAGUCUGACAUUCAGCGGAAGGCUUUCCUUCUGCAUGACGACCGCAAGGACAGAGAGUCUGACAUUCAGCGGAAGGCUUUCCUUCUGCAUGACGACCGCAAGGACAGAGAGUCUGACAUUCAGCGGAAGGCUUUCCUUCUGCAUGACGACCACAAGGACAGAGACUCUGACAUUCAGCGGAAGGCUUUCCUUCUGCAUGACGACCACAAGGACAGAGAGUCUGACAUUCAGCGGAAGGCUUUCCUUCUGCAUGACGACCACAAGGACAGAGAGUCUGACAUUCAGCGGAAGGCUUUCCUUCUGCAUGACGACCACAAGGACAGAGAGUCUGACAUUCAGCGGAAGGCUUUCCUUCUGCAUGACGACCACAAGGACAGAGACUCUGACAUCCAGCGGAAGGCUUUCCUUCUGCAUGACGACCACAAGGACAGAGAGUCUGACAUUCAGCGGAAGGCUUUCCUUCUGCAUGACGACCACAAGGACAGAGAGUCUGACAUUCAGCGGAAGGCUUUCCUUCUGCAUGACGACCACAAGGACAGAGACUCUGACAUCCAGCGGAAGGCUUUCCUUCUGCAUGACGACCACAAGGACAGAGAGUCUGACAUCCAGCGGAAGGCUUUCCUUCUGCAUGACGACCACAAGGACAGAGAGUCUGACAUCCAGCGGAAGGCUUUCCUUCUGCAUGACGACCACAAGGACAGAGAGUCUGACAUCCAGCGGAAGGCUUUCCUUCUGCAUGACGACCACAAGGACAGAGAGUCUGACAUCCAGCGGAAGGCUUUCCUUCUGCAUGACGACCACAAGGACAGAGAGUCUGACAUCCAGCGGAAGGCUUUCCUUCUGCAUGACGACCACAAGGACAGAGAGUCUGACAUCCAGCGGAAGGCUUUCCUUCUGCAUGACGACCACAAGGACAGAGAGUCUGACAUUCAGCGGAAGGCUUUCCUUCUGCAUGACGACCACAAGGACAGAGAGUCUGACAUCCAGCGGAAGGCUUUCCUUCUGCAUGACGACCACAAGGACAGAGAGUCUGACAUCCAGCGGAAGGCUUUCCUUCUGCAUGACGACCACAAGGACAGAGAGUCUGACAUCCAGCGGAAGGCUUUCCUUCUGCAUGACGACCACAAGGACAGAGAGUCUGACAUCCAGCGGAAGGCUUUCCUUCUGCAUGACGACCACAAGGACAGAGAGUCUGACAUCCAGCGGAAGGCUUUCCUUCUGCAUGACGACCACAAGGACAGAGAGUCUGACAUUCAGCGGAAGGCUUUCCUUCUGCAUGACGACCACAAGGACAGAGACUCUGACAUUCAGCGGAAGGCUUUCCUUCUGCAUGACGACCACAAGGACAGAGAGUCUGACAUCCAGCGGAAGGCUUUCCUUCUGCAUGACGACCACAAGGACAGAGAGUCUGACAUCCAGCGGAAGGCUUUCCUUCUGCAUGACGACCACAAGGACAGAGAGUCUGACAUCCAGCGGAAGGCUUUCCUUCUGCAUGACGACCACAAGGACAGAGAGUCUGACAUCCAGCGGAAGGCUUUCCUUCUGCAUGACGACCACAAGGACAGAGAGUCUGACAUCCAGCAGAAGAGUCCUACAUCCAUAUCUCCAAUGUUGUACAGUUUAAUCACCAGUCAUAGCAAUGUAGGACAAGAUAUUCCAUUAAACCCACGGCACAACGAAGAGGCAGCCAACUCCAGGCUUGUGAUUCAAAUACUGCAGGCAGAUAACACUUUCCUGUGA